AUGAAUUUAUUUUGUUUAGGUUAUGUUCGUAAUGUAAUGACCAAUGAUCAUUUUCGUUUUGUUAGUAUAUGGCAAAAUCGUCGAUUGUGGACAUAUUUAGUUGCUUUAUGUAUUAUGAUUGUAUUUACAGUUAGCAUUUCGAUGCUUCUUCGUUAUUCACAUUUUCAAAUAUUUCUUUUUAUUACUGCACCAUUAUUAACAGUUAUAUUAGCAUUAAUCGGUAUGGAAGCAAUUAUGUGGGAAUUUUCCAGUGAUGCAUCAACUGCUUUUUAUAUUAUACUAAUUGUAUGGAUAUCAGAUCAAUACAUAGGCGGCGGAGCCAUUAGGCUCGAAAGGCUCUAG